AUGGCCUCUCGGCGGAUCACACGGGAGACGUUUGAUGCUGUGGUGCAGGACAAAGUGAAGAGGUACCGCGUGGGCCGGAGCGAUGCUCUGCAGAACACCAUCCAUCCGUUUAAAGCUCGUUCCAGGCCAGUCCCAAGACCAAGAUACGAAGCCAGUUUUCGUGAUGAUGGAAGAUAUGCUCAUGACAACGACCUGCACGAUGAUUGGAGUGAAGACCCUAGAGAUGACUAUCCAGGACCUUCCUAUAGAUCUCCUAGUCCUCUCAUAAGGAAGGAUAACUAUUACCAUGAACAGUACGGACGCCCGACGUCUCGUGACCGGGAGUAUGGGCAUCCAGCUUCGCACGACCGGGAAUUUGGCCGCCCAGCGUCUCGUGACCGGCAGUAUGGGGGCCUGGCUUCUCAUGACCAGGACUAUGGCCCUCCUGACUCUUGGGAAUCCACUGGACCACACGAAACUGAUUUUAGAUCUCCAGAUGUUUUAGGUGAUUUUCGAUCGCCAGGACUCAUGGAAGAUGAAUAUGGCAACAUGGAAAAUCAGGAGUAUGAUGUGGACUUUGGAAUUCAGUCUGCCAGUGAGUUCCGACCCCCGAUACGGAGGGGCAGCAUUGGCAGGGGAAGAGCUCUGCGAGGGAAGCGUGUUACGAGGGGUGCUGUUAAAACAAAAGUAUUCAGAGGAGAUCUCGGAACUCCCCUAAAGAAGUGGAAUGCUAAAAAGCUGCAGCUGGGCCCUGCUGAGAAGCCGGCUGGGCAACCUGAUCACACGCCAGAAGCUGCUGAACGACCUAACGAGCGGCCUGUGGCAGUCCAGCGCCCUAACCAGAAUUUGCCUCCACGACCUAAUCAGAGGCCCGCUGUAACAACCCAGAGACCUAUUCUCAGGCUCCCGAAGCCUGCCCAUGUUUUCAGAAACCUCAAUUUUGACCUUGUGGACAAAUCGGACAUUUUUUCAACAUUUGGAAUAGAAAUUAUAAAAUGGGCUGGGUUUCAUGCAAUAAAGAAUGAUGCGGAGUUUUCCCGGCUCUUUGGAGCUCUCUUCGAGCUGGAGACGGAAACCUGCGCAAAGAUGCUCGCUUCCUUCAAAUGCUCCUUAAAGCCGGAACACAGGGAUUACUGUUUCUUCACCAUCAAGAGUUUACAGCAUGCUGCUCUGAAAACUCCCAAAGUGGACAAUGAGUUUUUAAAUAUGCUGUUGGACAAGGGGGCUGUGAAAACAAAGAACUGCUUCUUCGAAAUAAUAAAACCUUUUGAUAAAUACAUCAUGAGGCUGCAGGAUCGCCUCCUGAAAGGCGUCACACCACUCCUCAUGGCCUGCAAUGCUUACGAAUUAAGCAUUAAGACGAGCGGUUUUGGUAAUCCAAGGGAAAUGGCGAGUGCUUUUGAGACCACUGUUUCUCUGUGUCGCAAGUCUUUAGCGCUUCUGGGGCAGACCUUCGCACUCGCAUCUGCUUUUAGGCAAGAGAAAAUACUUGAAGCUGUAGGACUUCAGGAAAUGGCUCCAGCACCAACACUAUUCCCAAACUUCGAUGACUCAACCUUGUUUGGAAGAGAGUACAUUGAAAACUUGAAGGCUUGGCUGGAGAAGAGUGGCUACCCGAUUCAGAUGAAAAGAAAUGAAACGGGGUCCACAGAACAGCCACAAACACCCUCUCCCGACACACAGGCUAAACGUGAUAACUGCACUGUAUUUCUUCCUCCAGCCCCGCAGCGAGCUGACCGCAAAGCUGUGGAGACAAUCGAGCAGCUAGUGAACAGCAUUGUUUCAGGAGCCUUGACUGCCAAGGAGAGAAACGCUCGGAAGAACCGUCCUGAAUACUGGUUCUUGUCUGACGAAGACAGUCUGGAAUACAAGUAUUACAGACUGAAGUUAGCGGAGAUGCAGAGGCGGAUGUCGUCUGGAAAGGAUGUGGGCGGCGAGGGCAGGACACCGAAGGAGGCUGCAACAGAAUCGGUCAGGGCCAUGUUGUAUGCCAGGAAAGUGGCAGGUAUUAAGAGAAGGCUAUUUAAAAAAAAAAGUCUUGGAAUUACUACGCAACAUGGUAUUCGAGGAAGGAAGUUGAGGAGAGCAACCACAGGGACACAGACUGUGCUUUUGGCUGGUACAGUGCUGAAGCACCAAGACGAGCAUCUACGAGGCUUGGCCCAGACAAAGCUGCCUGUAUCAGAAAGCAGCCUGUCCGAGAAGAGUUCUUCCCGGGAUACCACUUCAUCCUCGCCAUGUGCUGCUGGCUCAGAGGUCUCUCUGCCAGUCGAAGAAAGGGCAGAUUCUGAGGCUUUAGUAGCACCACCUGAACUUUUCCCACCGGUGUCCUCUCAGUUUCCUGAUGUGGAUGCUAAAACGAUGGAAACUGCAGAGAAACUCGCCAAGUUCGUUGCUCAGGUAGGACCCGAAAUCGAGCAGUUCAGCAUAGACAACAGUGCAGAUAACCCGGAGCUCUGGUUCCUGCAGGAUCGAGACAGUUCUGCUUUCAAAUUUUACCGAAUGAAAGUCUACGAGUUACGCCCAUCUAUCAACUUCAGCACUGUGUCAGAAGCAGCUGAUGCUGGGGAAGGUGCUAAACCUGAAGAGAGAAAUCUGGAUAUUUCGGAAGAGGAGGAGGAGGAGGAAGAGGAGGAAGAAGAUAAUGAGGAAGAAGCUGAUUUUGAGGAGGAUGCAUCAACUCCUGCUCCUGGUACCCUCUUUCCUCGCAAGCGAAUCAGCAGCAAGUCCCUGAAAGUUGGUAUGAUUCCUGCAUCUAAAAGGAUUUGCCUCAUAGAAGAACCCAAAGUGCACGAACCUGUCAGGAUCGCUUAUGACAGGCCUCGUGGGUGCCCAGUGACGAAGAAGAAAAAGAAACCAAAAGAUUUAGAAUUUUCACACAAGAAACUGACAAACAGGAAUGUGGGUUUCCAGAUGCUUCAGAAGAUGGGCUGGCAAGAAGGACAUGGCCUUGGUACACGUGGAAGAGGAAUCCGAGAGCCUGUGAAAGUGGGUGCUACAUCUGCAGGGGAGGGCUUGGGUGUUGCAGGGGAAGAAAAUAAAGAAGAUGCAUUUGAUGUUUUCCGUCAAAGAAUGAUACAAAUGUACAGGCAGAAAAGAGCAAGUAAGUAG